CUAACCGGGAUGCUUUUUACCUUCCUAGGAAGCGGGCGGGUACAGUGAUUGGCGUGGCUGUCAACAUCUCCGCCCUCCUGUCGGUCAUAGUCCAGCCAUAUAUGCCUAGUGUGAGCGCUGCGAUCCAAGGGCAGCUGUGCAUUCCUGCAGAUUACAACGUUGUGACCGAUGACUUUGUCUGCACCUUGCCGGCUGGGCACCAGAUUGGAACGGUGACUCCCCUCUUCCAGAAGCUGGAGAGUGAACAGGUUGAAAACCUGCGGAAGCUCUUUGGUGGCGGCCAGCUUGAAGACUUCCUGUUGAAGCCGAAGCAAAAAACUGUAGCAACUGUAGCAGAAAAGGGAGUGAAGGUGCUCCAGGAAGAAGUAGCCAAGCAGGGCAACUACGUGAAGCAGCUGAAAGCCCAAAAAGCAGAGAAGAAGCAGAUCGAUGCUGCAGCUUCCAAGUUAGCACAACUGCAGAAGCAGCUGUGCUUGGCUGAAGGAAAGAAUCCUGCCCCUCAGGCUCCCAAGGGAAAAGUGAAAAAAUGAGUGUUGUGUGUAGCAUCUCUCUCCAAGAGAUUUAGGGCCUUUUUCUGUCCUGUAUUUAAGUACCCCACGGAGAAUUUAACACCACUGUGCUGUUUUUGAAGUAUUGCCCUUAUUCUAUUUUGUAAUAUGUGGAAAAGCCUUGGUCAGCGCCCUUUGAAAUUUAUCUGGUGAGAAAUAAAUAUUUUAUUGUUUAAAUA